AAAAAUUUCGAAUGUUUCAAUAUACUGUGUAAUGCCAGUAGCAGCACAGAGACAUCGCGUGCGUCAAAGAACACGGUUAGAAGAGGAAGAUGCAUCUCGUUUACAGCUAGGAGAGGAGUUUGCUAAUGCAACAUGUUUAUCUGUAAGCGAGGCAAAGAUAAUUUUGGAGGCAGUGCUUUCUCAGCGUCAAAAGGAGCUUGGAGAUGAGAUUGUUAUGACAGAUGUAAUAAGAAAGAUUAAGGAUUAUCUUAAUAUAUUUGCGAGAUUUAGAACACAAGAAUCUGUACAUGCAGCAGAAAGAGUGUUACGAGGGGAUCCAGAUCUUCAUUCUUUCGAAACAGCACAACUUGGGACACUUUGUUGUGAAGAAGCAGAGGAAGCACGUACUCUAGUUCCAUCACUUUCUGAAAAAAAGUCGGAUGAGGCAUUACAAACUCUUUUGGAUGAAUUAUCUAAUUUACGCCGUUUUCAAAAUUAAAAGAUCCCCA